AUGAGUUUUAUCGGUUAUGACCCAUCACAUAGCUUUAGAUUACUAUCACGAAACGAAGGUAAGAUAAAAUCGUAUGAGUCUUGUCGUGAUUUAAGAGCAUGGAGUCAUGAUAUUAGGCGGAGAGACGACUAUCUUAGGCAAUGGAUCAAGACUGAUAUGCCACUUAAUGUCAUACCUGUCAGCACUUUGAUAUAUCUUGUGAAGAAAAUGACGUGCGGAAGCAUUGGCAAGAUUACGCCACGAUGUCAUCCACAGUGCAAAUCAAAAGUUGUACUCGAAAGUAUUUGCAAAUCGUGUCAUGAAAUGAAAGAAUGUUUUAGAAAUGAGGGAGACUUUGAUAAAUAUUUUGAAGAUGAAGAAUUUGAAACUAGUCAUUGGCCCUGUGAAACGUGUUUAGAAGCAUUGAAGAGUAUUAAAAUGUUUUGGAAAAUCAUCAUUGAAAAAUUGUUUAAUAUUAAGGUAUCUAAAUCUGAUCAAUUUGCCGCUCAAACCGCUAAUGAUUGCACAGACUGUGUGCGUUCUGUGGCAAAGGUUUGGCAAACCGAAAUGAUCCAACAGGCCAUGUUCGUGAAAAAUGUUACACAUUUUUUGAACCGCAACUAUCUUCCAUGGACAAUAAACAACUCUCCAAUAAACUUAAAAUUAGAUAACAUAGAUGAUGAAAAUCAAAAUAAAGAUCAUCUAAAAUCCAUCAACACAUUGAAUCUUAAAUCAAGUAAGGGAUUGAUUGAUAAUAAUAAUGACAAUCGGGAAUUCGCAAACGCAAAGACGAACACUCGUCGUCGUAAAUUUUCAAGUAAACACUCAAUAUUGAAACGACAAACUGUGGAUGUUGAAUGUGAAUGUACAGAUUUAAAUGAUGAAAUUGAUGCUUUUAAAGCAAGUUUAAAUGUCUUAAAAGAGAAAUCAUAUACACAAGAAGUAGAGAUAGAGAAGUUGACAAAAGAGAAUGAGUCGUUGAAACAGAAACUACACAAUGUGUAUAAAAACCCCUGGUGGAGAUCUAAUGUUUGUUCGCGGUCUGCCGGAACUUUUUCAGGCAGUUAUCCAAUAGAAAGUUUACCCAAACCUUAUGAAGCUUGUGAAGAUAAUUUCAAUGUAAGCCAAAUCAAGGCUGUUGAUUCAGAAGUAAUUAUAACCAUGAAAAACUGCAAAAAUGAAAGCUACAAACACAUUUCCUUACUACAAGUACUCCACAAAAGUAACGCACCAGAAGUAUAUAAUUCCAAUUCUAAUGAAUCUAACUGCAAGAAGGAGGAUCCCCUGGUAUUGCUGGCGAAACUUCAGAAUAAAUUCGGCGCAAUUGUAAGUAGAGAAAUGGGCUUAGCAAAUAGAAAAAAUGGCGGCAUUGAUAUCGACGCUGAUUACCAUAAAAUUAAUGACAGUAAAUCGGACCCUUCAUGCUCUAGAACCACAGUGACAAAUUCUGAUUCGAGUUUCGAUUUCAAGUUUGAACGAGAGAUACGACCUUCAGAAGCAAGAGGUGACAACAUGAAAAUAGACGAAUAA